AGGAAUCAAUCGCUGGUUGGAGAGCAUGCAGCACUGCACUGACGGAAGUCAUUUUCUGGAUCCAUCACACGAGCUUACACACGUAGAGACACUAAACUAACGUACGCGUGAUGAAUACAAUAAAUACGUUGUAUCUGCACCCACUGCAUCCCUCCCUCCUUCCAUCAAUCCAAUCCAUCGCCUUGAUUGUUGUGUCUCGCGGUCACUGCAUGAUGGGUGGGUGCACCAAUACAUAUAAUGGUGAGCCAAACAAAUAAACAACGGUCUGUCUGUCUGUCUGUCUGGUUGGCUUGACGCAAACAACAAAGGGCACAUACACCACCCGGAGAGAGAGAGAGAGAGAGAGAGGGAGGGGAGAGCUGUACAAGUGAUAUAGCAGAGCUCGAGCAAGAUGCCUCCUCAGGGAAGGCAUGAUGCAGCUAUGGCUGCUGGUCGUCUUCCCUCGGUGUCUGCUGGUUCAGCGGCUGAGACUCGGGCGCAACCUACACACACACACACACACACGUGAGGUCAUUCAUGGCUGCACAUCUAAUCGAGAGACACGCAUGAUGUAUGUAUGGAUGUCGCUAGCUACCUACCUGUCCAUUUGCGGCGGGCAGGUAGUCGUUGCUUCUCAGCGGCUGUCGCGCCGGGUCGCCCCCAGCCACGCUCACAUUGUGCACAACACGCACGCCUACCGUCCCAUCGCACACACACACGAGUCUGGGUGUUGGUGUGUGUGUGUGUCUAAUGUGUGAGCGUAGCGUACUGUCGGGUUGUGGCUGCAUGGGGACCAUCUGUGUGGCCAUGGCCAUGGGCGGGGCGGUCGGCACACCUCCCACUGUGUAGCCACCUCCCACUGUGUAGCCGGCCAGCUGACACAGACAUGCAACACACACGCAAAGCACAACACACCACACCACAGCACAGAAUAUGCACAGCAGCCGGCACCUCUCUCUCUGUCUGUGUGGGCGUGCAUACAUUGGCCGUGCCCAAGACGGGGUGGAGCCCAGUCGUGACCACCAGCACCUCUGACAUACACACAUACACAGAGACAGACAAAUGCGUGUGAGGUGAUGUGUGAGCAUGUGUGUGUGCAGCAUUAUACCUUCUCUGCUGAGUCGUUCUUUGAAGGACCAGACGACGAAGCAGAAGUAGAACGACAGCAGACAGGCGAGGAAAGUCGACACCAGGUAGGUGCUCACCAUCGCGAGCCUGAAGAAUCGUCCACAGAGAGAGAAAUGCUUGGAUGGAUCUCUCUCUACUGCGUGUCUGUGUGUGUGUGGUGUGUGCGUGGGAACAUUUACGUGAAGUCUUCGGUCAGUUGCUUCCUCUGCUGUGGGGUGAGGUGCUGGCUGCCGGGGUUGGCCUCCUCCUGCUGCUUGAUCGCCUCAUCCAUCGUGUGACCAACCUGAUCCUUCAGCUGCACACCACACCACACCACACCAACACCCAUACACAGAAUGGAUUCAGAUGUGUACGCAAAUGUGUCUGUCAAGUGCGUCUGUCUGCUGUCUGCACCCACCCACCCAACACAACACAACCGCCCCGCCCACCCAGUCGUAUCUCGUGGCCACGACGAUGGCCAGACCGAGGAAGACCACUGUAUUGAGGACCACCAGGCUGGUGACAAUCCAAUCCACGAAACAACCCCAGGCUUAUGAGCUGCGUUGCGUCGGGUCGGUUUGGCGCUCACUAUAUUCUGUAGAAGUAAUAGAGCUUGGCUGAGGGCAGAUGCAGGUUGGCCGCAGCUGCACAGAAACGCACGCACGUCCAUCCAUGUAUCUCGUCCGUGUGUGUGCCCGUACCUCUCCACGCAAGAUAGCCGGAGCCAAGACUGACAUUAAUGACAGCACAACGGCCGGUAAUGUAAGGUGUGCGCAGCCAUCCAUCCAUCUGUCCAUCUGUCCGUCUCUGUGUGUAUGUGUGUGUGUUCCCACUCACUUGAUGGCCGUCUGGAAGACCCCCAGCACCGAUAGGCUGCCCGACAAGAUGACCAUCAACCCAAACGUCCCCCAGAUCUGCAAAACCAGACAGACAGACAGACGGACAGACAGACAGACAGGGAGGAAGGGGCACAAACGUUGCCACACAAACACUGUCAGUUGUCUGUGUCUGUGUGUGUGUGUGUGCGUGGUGUGUGUGUCCUACAAUGGACAGCACUCCGAAGAUGUACAUGGCCAUCUGCAGCGUGCAGCCGCAGCAACAUGUUGUCGCUGGAGCCAACCCUGGCGGCAAACACACCCAGACAGCACAAACAGAGAGUCACGACAACGCCUUCACUCCCUCAUCAUGUGUAUGGAUCUGUCUGUCUUCAUCACCGUCCGUCACAUCUCCCUCCUUCCCCCUCACUCACCGAGAAACCUUCGAUGCGGCGACCACACUGCCGGUGUGUUUGGCACAUCCAUCUUGUCGAUUUCUUGUCAAUCAGGAGCCACACGUCCCGGCACCUCACCUCCCGUCUUGUCCUCCUUCCUCUCUGUCCUUUCGCG